AAUCGUCUUUCGUCUUCCCCCACGGCAUUGAGGACUUUACACACCAGGUCACCUGUAGCCCUGCUCGAGAUACUUUCCUUGCAGAAGUCCAUCAAAAUGUCAUGGACACAGAGCACACCCGGCCUCUACCAACGUCCACUAAGGGGCUCGGAAGCGGGCUUAGCUUCUAUUGUCACAAGUGAACGACCAUUCGCUCGCGAGCCGAUCAAAAUCCAUGCCAUCGCCCAGCUCACUGCGCGGCAUGCACCUCAUAAAGUCAUACAGGCUCUCAAAGAUGCCUGGAUCGCUUUACGAUUGCUCAAGUCUCCGGACAUAGCCACUACAGUGACCAAUGAGGUCAAGCAAUACCAGAUCCCUUCUCCCGCGGAUCUCGAAGCAUGGCUGGACCGUACCUUCAUCGUCUCUCCAUCAGGAGCAUCCGUACAAAGCGCUAUCCGAGCCAUGCAACAGCAUCUGGAAUUAUUGCCAAUAUGCCAGGUCCUGUCUUACUCUACAAAUGACGAAACCUUCAACGGUACCCUGAUUCUAUACAUCAGCCACUGGCGGACCGAAGCUGCCGGCGCCUUCAAAAUUGUCAAUCACGUCUUCGACUACGCGGCAGACCUUUUGACGGGCACGAAAACCCGCGAGGCUUUGUCCGACUACACGCCUGGAAGCGAGGUGCCCCUUCUGACACCCGCGGUCGAGGACAUGCUCAUGCCAACUGCAACCACCACGCCCGAGUCCAAAGCUCGCGUCGAAAAGCACUUUGACAAUUACUACUCCAAACUCCCGUGCAUCGACUUUCCCAUGCAAGGCGACGAGUCCGACCCUUUUUCAACCGUCAAGGUGCACAGACGCCUGUACAUUCCAUCCUCGACAUCGAGCCUCAUACGUGGCUGCAAAGCGAAGGGUAUCUCAAUCACAUCGGCAAUCCACUCGGCUUACCUCGGCGCCGUAUGGGCUUUGGCCGACGACCCUGCCAAGCGCAAACGCAACUACGCAUCCCUGAUGCCGGCACAGGUCCGCACGCGGCUUCCCAAUGCAUCGCCGUUCCGUGAUCAAGGCUGCUGGAGCGCCGCUCAGAUGCUCAUGUUGACCCUACCUCCAGGUCAAGACUUCUUGACCCGCGCCCAGAAUCUGCGCGGCCAAUACCAGCUCGCCGAUCAAGAGAGAUGGCUUUACGAAGACGCGUGGGAAAUCAGUGCCCAGGUCGUUCAAAUGGACGUCAAAACGCCGCCAGACCAACCUGCUUCGGUGCCAUGGUUCACGGGUCUGGGCCUGUUGGACGGAGAGAUCAUCGUUGCCGAGCACGGAGACGGGGCCAUCACGGUCAAGGAUCUUGACGGGUGGGCUGAUCCGCUUGCUCCAGGGAUCGUGUUGAGACUGUGGACGUUCAGAGGGAGGUUGAAUAUUCACGUUGUGUGGAAUGCUGCGUACCAUGAUGACAGGGUGAUUCGGACGUUGAUGGAUGCUAUUGACAAGACAUUGGCCGAAGAGCUUGGUGUCGUAGUUGACAUCGAGGAGGCGAAGGAGGAAGAAUUUUAGAUGCCGGCCUAAUCUGGUCAGGACCCGGAUUGACUGGCCCCAACUUCGCGGUAUGCGGUGACUUUGAUCCUCGGAGGUUCUGCAAGAUUGUCUGGAUUCCGGACUCGAACGAGAGAGAAACUGCUGAAACAUUCAGGAGACAUCGGGGCGACUCACUUUGGGUUUCGAGGAAGAAAACAUCAGGCCUCAGAUGAACCAGCCGUCCAG